UAAUACUUGCGAAAAUGAUGAUCCAUAUAUUGUUUUUUGUCUUGCAUUUUUUGAGUACUCAUGUUUGCCUUAAAGUUGAAGGAACUCAAACUAUACUAAAGGAAGAUUUGGAUUUGGAGAGACAACUUCGGCUUAUUAAUAAGCCUCCUAAAAGAAGUAUCCAUACGGAGUUUGGAGACAUUAUUGAUUGUAUUGACGUUUACAAGCAACCAUCACUAGAUCAUCCUUUAUUAAAAGACCAUAAGUUGCAGAGAAAACCCAACUUUCAUACCGUGAUUGGAGAACCAAGUCAGAAAAAUUUAAGAAUUAAAUCUAUGUUUGAAUUGAGUAAAGAUGAAUGUCCGGAGGGAACUGUUCCUAUACUCAGAACAACAAAGGAUGACCUUAUUCGAGAAAAGUCAAUGUUAAAUGAUCAUAUAUUGAUUAAAGACCUUCCUGGUGUUCAUUUAGCAGAAAUUUCUCUUAGACCUCAUUAUGCUCCUUAUUACGGAGUGGCAGGAACAAAUAGUAUCUAUAAUCCACAAGUUGAUAAGUUUCAAAUAUCUAUGUCUCAUUUAUGGGUUGAAAGAGGAACUGUAGAAGCAACUAAUAAAAUCUCUUUAGGAUGGCAUGUGGCUCCAGAAUUAUACGGUGAUUAUGCAUCUCAUAUUUAUACCUCGUGGACGUCAGAUAACUUCAAGAAGACAGGAUGUUACAAUCUUCGAUGUGCAGGUUUUAUACAAACCAGCAAAUCAAUUUAUCUCGGUCAACGCAUAACCAACGUAUCUGUCUAUGGUGGACCAACGGUUGACAGUUUCCUUUCUAUUUCUCAGGAUCGAGAGAGCAAAAAUUGGUGGAUAAUUAUAAACAAUAAAUUUAUUGGAUAUUUUCCAGCAAAAUUGUUUUCGAACAUGAGUUCAGCUGAUCAUGUAGGAUGGGGUGGAAGAACAAAAACUCGUCCUGGUACUAAUAGUCCUCCAAUGGGAUCUGGACAUCUUCCUAAUAACAGUGCUUGCUACUUUAGACAUAUGUGGUUUAAAGAUAAAGCUGAAGUUCCUCAUGGACCUCAACCAAGCCAAAUGUAUCCUUUGGUUGACAAAACCACUUGCUAUGAUAUUAAAAACUUCGGAGAUAAAGGAGUUCACUUUGGCUACUAUAUUGAGUUUGGAGGACCAGGCGGUAAUUGUGGCGAUUAAUCUUCUUUCAAUUAUACUUUAUAUCAAGUAAACAAAAACUAUCACAAUAUAUCACUUUCCUAUUAUUUUCUUUG